GAUGUUUGUCUGGAUCACUUUCAUCAGAAAUGUUAAUUCCUCUUUUUUUAUGUUUUAACAUGUACGGACCAACACUUCACACCGUCAUGACUUAUUCUGUGAUUGUUUGAAUCCUACAGAGCUGCAGGUCUCAAACCUUCAGUAACAUUCAUGUGUUUGUGUUUUUAACCAGAACAGAUGUGUGCAUGAUUUUCCUCAUUGCUUCUGACACACACACAAUCUUCCUCCCUCUUUCAUCUCCUCUGAUUCCACCUCCUCCAUCCAUCCAUCCAUCCAUCCAGGCAGCCUGUCUGGUCCCAAAACCUGCUCCCUCCCUCCCUUCCUUUCUUCCCUCCUCCUCCUUCUUCUACGGCAGAAUAGCGGAGGAGAAAAAACUAAUAUUUCACCAGCGAUAAUAACCGAAGCAGCGUCCGUUCACACACACGCACAGAGAGAGAGAGAGAGAGAGGGAUCAUCAGUGCUGCAGCAGAGGAUCGCUCGGCUGUCAGACGCAGAGGAAUGAUAAUUAGAAAGAGAUUGACUCGGCAACAAGAAGGAAAAGAGGAAGAAAAAGGAGGAGAAGGAGAGGAGCCGGGCCUGCAGCAGAGACGAGAGGAAUAGAGGAGGAAUAGAGAAGGAUUGAUGAGAAUCUGAUCAACAAGAAGAAGAAGACGAAGAGAAACCACCGAGCUCCAGAAACACAUUUUUUAUUUUGAAUCGGAGGCACAUGAUGGUGACAGCAGCAGUGGAGGAGAAGAUAGAGGGAUGAGCAGGGAUCAAUAAACCUCCCUCCUCCUCCUCCUCCUCCACCUUCAUCCCUCCAUCAUCUCUGCAGGAGCCGCUGAAACCUAUGGACAACAUGGAGAAGGGUCUUGAUAUGCCAUCCAACAGGAUGAACAUGUGGCUGAAUCUGAGCGUCCUCAUUGCAUGCAGCAGGAAGAGGAAUGCCUGACAUGACAUUUAUCCUUUGUGCAUCACGUCCUCUGACAGACCAUCUGCAGGAUGACAGCCUGAGUCCUACAGGUGAACCCAUGGCCCGGGAAGAGGUGAACCUCUGCUCUUUAAAGUUUGUCAGAAGAUGAUCUUCGGUAGACAUUACAUUUUAAUUUCAUGGAGCUUUGUGUUGUGUUGAUAUCUCAAGGGGUGUUUCCAGACUGUUAUUAGGACUGAGGGGGUCUGAACUGAAUUCUCGUCUCUUUUCUUGCCCCGAAAAUGUCCAGGCUUUGAUUUGGAGCAUUACCACAAAAGUUCUGACCCCAGGAUUUAAAGGCGAGACUGGAAAAGCGGAGAUUAGUAAUCUUGUUUGCAAACUUGUUUACGUCAGUGCAUACUGCAUUUUUCUGCAGCAGCAAUUGGAAAACAAAUUUUGUAGAUGCUCAUGCUGGACAACUCAACAAUCCUUUUUACAAUAUGUCGGACUUAGAUGGAAAAAGGGAGUCUCUACCACCAAUGGUCCCCAUUUCUGGUUCCUGCAAACCUAGAUUCUAAUCUUCUGCAUGGAGUGCAAAGAGUGGAUACAACUGACUCAUUGACAAACACAUAGACAAACUGUGUAAGUGGAGGAAAAUACAUCUCUUCUUUUUUAUUGGAUCUGUAUUUUACCUUUCUUGGGUUUGAGUCCCAACAGAAACACCUGACUGAAUCAGGGGAUGGUCAACCACUCGAUAAACCUCUCUGAUUGCAGCCUGCAACGACGAGGUCCAUCUUGAUAGUCAAGUUAGAGCUCCAAGAAGAGAAAGUCCUCUCCCCCCCACUUACCUCUGGUGGGGGGGAGGGUGAAGGACAGCAACAUUUACGGGUGUAGGGCUCAGGGUGUAAUUUGGUAGUUGUAAGAGGUUAGGCUGUAGAGUAGACUGUAGAGUAAGGCAGCUUAACUCUGGGUAUUAAUAGUCUUUUGCUUCUUUACUUGUUUUACCAAAACUAACUUCUGUGAUAUCUAACCUGCCGAUAUUAGCCUUUAGCUCUGCUCUAGAAAGUGCUGAAGUUUAGCAAUAAGCUCAGAUCCAGGUGUCAGUGUACAACCUUGAUCUAAUCAGCUAGCUGUUUUAAGGCUCUUUAGUUUUGAAGUUAGAGCAUAAGUGAACCCCGGUCGCUCUGCAGUCACCCAGUUCUCAAGCCUGAGGUUUCCAAGCCUUUAGCCUGUGUGCUAGCUCUCAAACCAGCUAAACAUGGAUGCUAAUCAAGGCCCAGGCCAAGGCAGCCCAGAAAGUCCAAACCGGGCCGUGGAGUAUCUUCUUGAACUCAACAACAUCAUCGAGAGCCAACAGAAGCUUCUGGAAACCCAACGGCGCAGAAUCGAGGAACUUGAGGUCCAGCUUGACCGGCUUAGCCAGGAGAACAAGGACCUGCGGUUGGACCGACAGCCUGUUGCUCCACCUCCACCUGCUCCUCCUCCUGAACCUCCUCUCCCUCCUCCUCCGCCGCCGCCUCCACCGACCCAGGCCACAUCAGCAUCAAUUUCUACCAAGAGCCACCACCUAUACCACAACAGCCAACACCAAGCUCCUCCCCAACCUCCUUCUUCAAUCUCCCUCCAUCACAGCCACCACCACCACCAGCAUUAUCAGCACCAUCACCACACCUCCACCCACCACUGCUACAACAGCACCAACAGCACCAGUAUGACUGCUAUUCCAGUUCCUGCCCCUGCUCCAUCUUCGGUCCCGACCUCCAUCUCAAUCCCGACUUCAAUUCCAGCUCCGAUGCCCUGUUCAGCACCGGCCCCACCUCCACCUCCUCCGAUCCCGCCCAGGGAUCAGCCAAGAGCCCACAGUCGGCUGACCCGGGCUCCAUCCACCAGUACUGGCACCAACACCAACUUUGUAGAGAAAGAAAAGGAGAGGCUUGAGCGCCUGCAUCGAGCCAAUUCCUCCAACAACCACCAUGCCCACACGCUCCACCACCACAAAUCGUCUUAUUCCUCCUCCACCUGUUCUACUACCACCACCUCUUGUCGUCCCUCCAACAACCCUACUAGCAUCACCACUCCUUCCUCCACCUCCUCCUCCUCCUCCUCCUCUCUCUACUCCUCCAGCCUACCUCCUAACAGCCACGCCACCUACCAUCAGUACUGCUGUCCCGCGCGCCUCCGCCUGCCCAAGCCUCCCUGCGCCCUGCCCCCCGCCAAGCACCACGAGCAGGCAAGGUAAGGGCCAGAGUCCCCCUCCUUAACACCCAGCCUCACCCACUGUCCCCCCACUCUGCCUCUACCCACCACACUGUCCCUUGUAGCCUCCCCCCCGACCACAUCCCCGAGCAGGGAGGCCAGUGACACCAAAUCCAUUUAGAGCGAAUUUGAAGUAGUGUUGUUACGAUACCAUGAUGUGAUGCUAAGGAAAUGUCAGCAACAAUAAACAGAGUCUCUAGGUGAUUAAUACUGGGACACUUUCAAUUCUUUGAGUUUUACUCACAGUGUCUAAAAUGCACAAAUACUUGUGUCAACAUGUCGAUAGCAAACAUGCCAACGUUUGAGCGCUGUAGACACUUUGUGGAGGUUUCUGGCGUUUGUUGAUGGAGUCAUUCUGCUCCUGAAAGAGAUGAAGUCAUUUAAAGGUUCAGUCCUUUUUGAUGCUAUUGUUCAUUAAAAUAAUAGAGAAUGGAAAAGGAUAGAGUAUCGAGCAUUUGAAGAAAAGUCAUGUUUGAUUGCUAGUGUCGUCUUUUUACACUAGACAAGAAGUCUGCCGAGAUGUUCCUUCCAGAUGUAACCACGAAGGUCAAAUAAAUAAAGGAUCAUAUUUACAAUCAUAGCUGAUAACUUGCCCUCAGUUCAGUUUGCUAUGAUACGCUGUUUACUUAAUAUCUCAAAACAUAUGGUAUUUUAAUGCUAAAACUAUUAGUCUUCAUAUCAGGAUGGACAAACUAAACUCAUGAUACAAUGUGUCUCAGGAUACUGUGUUUACGAUUUUCUACAUUUCAUCACUGAAAGUCUUGUGUGCUUCCUCUAUGUCAGUACGCCUCUCUUCUUCAGAUACUCACAUCACACAAGAGAAACCGCAGGAGGCGCCCUCUGCUGGUUAAAAAAAGAGUCUCAAAAGUAUUUUUGUGUGUCAUCAGUUUAAUUGUUAAUAUUCAUAUUUGAUUUUUAAUUGUAUCGCUAGUUAGUUAAUAAUUAAUCAACAAUAAAUACUCAGUUGUGAACAUCCUCUACCUAUGCCUUCUUUCUGAUUAUGAUACCGUGAAGAACGGUACAGAACGGUACAGAACGGUAAAGAACAGUACAGAACGGUAGAACGGUACAGAAUGGUACAGAACGAUAAAGAAUGAUACAGAACGGUACAGAACGGUAAAGAACGAUACAGAACGGUAAAGAACGGUGAAGAACGGUAGAACGGUACAGAAUGAUACAGAACG